GGGCGGGGCCACGUGUUGAUCUGAGACUAGUACGAAGCUGUUUUAUGUCCGUUCUUCUGAAAAUGCGGUUCAAAACGCGAUCGUUUCGUGGUGAUCUUCAAAAGUAAAAAAGUUGUUUUUCUCGGAAUCGGUGGUUUCCACUGACAGUUUCGGAUUCAUCUCCAACACGAGAGAUCGCUCGCUGGCGGGCUCUGCCCUCGCACGUGCAGUCCUGUUUUGAUCCCCCGAAGCAGAAGGCGGCCGCCGCCUGUUAGUGCUGUCAAAUUCACUUUGUGUGCCGCCUCCCUCGAACUCGAGUAGCGGGACGGUUUCCGUAAAUUUUAAAAGCUCACUCUUUGGGAGUUUGUUUUUGUUACUACAAAUAGAAGCUGGAGAAGAGCCGGACGCCCAUCCUCCUCGGACCGUUUGGGACACGCAUGCUGCCGCCAGAUUUCGAGCACCGUAAAGCGGCGUUCAGCACUGCCGCCUCCACCUAGGACUUUAAGGGUUUCUUUAACUUUUUUUUUCUUCUUGAUAUUUUUUACGUGAUUUUUUAAUGCCCCCGCACGGGGAAAUUCGGCACUGUACCUGCCAGAAGGUUUUAGAUGGUGCUGAUAACGGACGACAGGGAGGCAGGGGUCGCCGCUCCUGUCAAACUCUCUCGGCAACUUCAGCCAGAUAAAGGCGGAGGGGACGGGAAAGCGAUCCCCGGUAUAGGGGAGGCGCCCCUCUUGGUAGAAAGCCAAGCGUACGAGUUAAGUGAACCUACGAGUUCAGAGGACGGGGAGGAUGACGAAGAAUACGAGGAAUACGACGACUUUUCCGAACUGCCAGACACGCGCAGCAUCGCGUCGGAAGACUCCUUCUACCCCCCUGAUACCUUCUCCCUGUCAGAUGAAGACAGGGCGAGCAGCCUGGAAAGCCCCGAAACCCUCUCGUUUUUCCAGGCGUGCUGCGGCAACAACUGCUUGAUGGUCAAGGUUAUGAUGCGACAGGGGCUAACAGAAGAAGAGGUGCGGGAAACGGACAAAAACGGCCGGACUGGACUGCUAGUAGCCUGUUACCUGGGGUAUGUCGACAUUGUAAUAACUCUCGCUCAGUGUCCCUAUAUCGAUGUGAAUUGGCAGGACAAAGAGGGGAACACGGCCCUCAUAACGGCAGCCCAAGCAGGGCAUAUCACCAUCUCAAACUAUUUGCUGAAUUAUUAUCCCGGCCUUGACAUCGAGAAGAGGAACGUCCACGGCUUCACAGCUCUGAUGAAAGCGGCAAUGCAAGGCAGGAGCGAGUGUGUCCGGACUUUAAUGCUGGCAGGGGCAGACCUGGACGCUAAAGACCCUGGUCGAAAGCUGACCCCCCGAGGUUGGGCACUGUUCACCGGCCGCUAUGAAACGGCCUACCUGAUGCAGCGUCUGAUAGCGCGACCCUGCCCCGGGCAGUUCUGCGAGACUUACAGCGCGGAAUGGCCGCAGCUGAAGGAGCUCGUGGCCAAGGCGACUGCUCCCAAAGGCUGCCUCCAGAAGAUCUCCGAGACGAUUUGCUCAGCUUUCACUUUUAAAUUUCCACAUGAACCUGAGGAAGAGGGGGUCAUGGAUCAUAUGGUCAGGAUGACUACUAGUCUGAGCAGCCCCUUUGUGGCGACUGCCUGCAGGACAGUGUGCCCCGGGAGCCCUCCUUGUGUUGGCAAGAGGCGCUUUGCGGUGCAGGAAAUCCUUAAAAGGCAGCGCAUCGAGCAGUUAAAGACCCAGGGCCCCGAGCGUCUCAACAACUACAAGAAGCUGUUCCAGAACUCGCAGGUCAUGCUGAUACCCAAAAAGAAAGACAGACGUGCCAGCUUACAGCCAAAGAGCAGCUUGUCCUCGGACAUGGGGUCGGCUGCGGCCCCGCGGCGGAGUAGUUUACUGCCUUUGCACCUUCUGCGGAGAAGCAGCGUGCGGCCUGGCAUGGUGGUGCCUAAAGUGCGAGUGUGCAAAGCCCCUCUGCCCACCUUCCAGCCAGAGAGGAGGAGGAGCAACAGCAGCACAAAGGACAGCCCUUACCUCCAGGUCCCAAAAUGGAGAUACAAAGAGGUGAAAGAGGAGCGCAAGAAGGCAGAGGAGGAAGAGCGCAAAAAGGCAGAAACUGCCAGCCAGAAGCACAAGUCGUAAACGGGCGCCAUGGGCUGCCGCGGCUUUUGAAAGCUUUAGAAUCAACUCUUGGGUUUCUUUCCUAUUGUUUCAUGUUUACAGAACCUCCAUAGGAUUAACAUUUGGACUUGUACGAGUUACUUAAUUUAUUUGAUUGAUUUUUUUUUCUUUUCUUUAAAUUAUUUCUUUGAUGCACUGAUUACAAUCAAGCCAGCAGGAAACAAAUCUAAAAAAUGUGAGCCUCGUGGCUCCUGCCGAGAGAAACAAAAUAUGCAAAAUCCUUUGUGUGCUGUGAACCAAAAACACUAAAGAAAAAGAGUCUGCCACCGCCGGGAACACAGCGGCUCCCACUUCAGAUCGAAAAGAUAACUGAACGCAAGAUUUCUCAGGAGAAGAAAAAAAAUAAUAAUCAUCAUCUAAACAGAGACGCGCUUUCCUUUUAUUAAAGAUGCUUUUAAGGAUUUUUUAUGUCCUUCACUAUGCAGGUUUGAAAGCAAAACAAAAAUGGUGGCUUUGUAUUUUUAUAAGACCUUUAAACACUAUUUAAUGAUACAGAAGCAGUUUUUAUAAUGUUUUUUUUGCACCCUUUAAAAGCACAACAUAAAAUUAAAUGAGGAUAAACACUCCUGACCAAAUAUCUGGGGGGGUCACAGGCAAUAAAUAUUUAGUCUGAAUAUUUAUGAGACACUGUGAUUAGGUGGUGGCCCCUCCUGGACUUUCACCCACCUUGUGCCCGGGACUGCCACACUGUGAGCUUGAACUGCAUGUACAGGGUGUCGUUUACAGUCACGCUUGAACGUGUGUCAUCGUUAUUUUAAGAAAUAUUACAUGAAGGCUUCUCAAAUAUCUGAAAUCGAGACGUGAAACACAA